CUUUCUUAAUUAAACUUAUGUAGUACGAAAUACUUCAGCACUACUACAAACUUAAAACACAUCCUCUCUAUAAUAUGUGAGCAUAUCUAUGCAUUAGGAUUUCAGUGGUUUUUGAGUUUUGAUAUAUAUUUAUUUAUGCAUUUGGAUUUGGAUUAAGGAUGGUAACCAAAACAGAGGGCAUUAAAAAAGAAAGAUUUGUAGAUUCCGGUAGACCAGGAGAAAAUCAGGGUCGAUUCUAUGGUCUUCCUUAAGCCGAUUUAUAUAUUUCAGUUAUACCUGGAAGGCAAUUAAUUCCACUUAAAUGGUAAAUUAUUACAACUAACCAAAACUAGUCCCGGACUAGCGAAUUAACCAUAGACUUGAUAUUUUAGAACUAUCUCCAUUUGAUUUUUUUUGUUUACAAUCCUUGAUACUGAGGAAUAAAUAUUGGUGAGUUUCAAUUAGUGCAACGGCUGAACGGUUCGUUAUUUUGAAGUUACAGAAAUAUAAUGGACCGUGCAACCCAUUUAUGAAAUAUGUUCAAUCCGCGAUUUAAUUUUGGAGUACCAUUAGAAGACAUUUUUCCUUCUGACGAUGUACAUCCCAGGCUGAAAUAUUUGUUCUCCAAAGCCUAUGAUGUAUUGGCUAAUAACAAUGGGGAUAUGGAAAUCAUUUUAAGGCGUCAAGGAUCUCUUAGUGAAAGAUUAUCGCUAAGGGACAAACUCGUGCUCGAUACGACCUUUGAUUGGCAGUUUCCUCCUGGCGUAUACCUUUGGACAAUCAGACAUUUCUUGGGUUUACUGCCUCUUCCCGUACUUCCUAGGUACACUAACAACGUUACUUUUUUCUGGACUGAGCUAUCUAGACAAUGCAGAGUGUAUUUGAAAAAUGACGCUGACGACAGCGAAUUAGACCAUUUAGAUCGCGGCAUAGCGGAAACCAUGAGUUUAUUGCCUGUAGAGAAUUUGAUGAUGCUGAAUUUGUGGAUUACGUUUUCGAUGAAAAUUUCGUGCAAGAGUGUUAGAGGGCGCCAAUUUACUAAUAGAAGAAACCUUGUUAAUAUAGCUAAAUACUAUUGUUCAGCAAUUUUUGUAAGACCAUUUCAGCCUGGUUAUAUGGGAAAUAAUGAAGCCUAUUUGCCACUGCUUCUCUAUUUGAUGGUCAGAUGGAAGCAAGUGCAAAAUAAAAUGCCUUCAAAAAGUGGCCGACCAGCACCUCUUCUGAAAUGGAGUCUCCGUUCAGGUUCUAACCACAACAGAAGCAGACUGAAGGAUAAUUGGUCGCAGACCAUCACAAUUCACCCUAAUAUAAAUAAUAUUAACGAAAACUAUGCUCAAUUCAAAAAAGAAAUAGGUUGUCAGACUGAGACAGAAUUAUUAACGUACAUUGAGGAACAAGAGGAUCCAACGUUGUUCCAAACUGCAGCUGAAUUUUCGUUUCGAAGUUUGUUAGAUGAGCCUGUUGAAAAUGAUUGGGAACAAAUUUCUAAGGAAACUGCCGAUACAGUGAAAAAAGUGGAAGAGUACAUAUAUGAUGAUUAUGAAACAUUUGAAAAGGAAGAUUUUAAUCAGAUAUUGGACGGGCGAAAGGGGGACUCUUUCAUAAAUAAAAUAUCAAAAUUUGGUUGGACGUACACACCUAAUCAGAUAGAAAGAAUGAGUACUCCAAAACAUGGAUUUCCGAACGAUUCAGGGUAUGUCAAAUAUGAUGAUAUAUUUGAGGAAGAAGAAAGUGUUAGCACUGAUCAUCUGGGGAAAGAUAUAUGUGAUGCAAAGCUAAAUAAGGAAACUACAAAAAAUAAAAAGGAUCGCGUCGGACCCAGGCUUAAAACCAAGAAAUUCAUGCUGAACAAAAUUAGAAUGAGUUUGGAAUGCCUGAAAAUGUUGACUCCAAAAAAGACUAACAUAAAAUAUGAGUGCCUUAAAGCAGUCCAUUCAAAUACAAUGUAAUUAGUUUUUCCUAUUUUUGUAAACAAGUUUUGUUGUGUUUUUAAAUUUUGAAUGUAUAUUUUUUGUUUCAUUACAUUAAUAUAGUAUGUUUUAAUAUAUGUAAAGAUUUUUAAGAUGUGCACAAAAUUUAUUGGUAUUGCGUAGUUGAAAGAUAUUGGUUGAAAAUUUUUGCAAAUCUUUACUGAAUUUUACUGUUCCCGAUUGUGUAAUUUUUUGUCUAGACCUCAUCGUUUCAUCUGCAUUUUACUAUAUUAUGUACAAAUCUUCUGGAUUUCUCCUGAGUCGGUUAUGUAUAUAUUAUGAUAAAUCUGGUUUUGACGUUAUAUUUCUUAAGAAUAUUUGAUGUGUGGUCAGUGACGUUUUAAAUGUAAGGAAGGACAACAGUAUUAAGUGUGGGAUUGCUUUCGGGCUCAUUGUCUUUGGAAAUUUGUGGUGAAGUGUAUCUUAUGAUGGCGCGCUUAAUAUAUCUCUUAAUUUGGAAAUUAUUAGAGAGAUCAAAUGUAAGGGGUUUCAAUUCUGCAAACUUCAGCAAAUUUGAUUUAUAAACAACCGGCGCAGGAGGAAUCAAGAAGAUUUGUAAAUAGUAGCCUAUGCAAGGUUCUUUGAAAAGUUUUACCAUAUUAGUAAUGUAAAUAUCACAUUAAUAAAUUCAGAUUUAUUAAUAUUUUUGUCCCUUUUCUAUUGUUAAAAUUUUCCAGCUCUUAUGACCACUCCGAUUUUGAAUUGCGUUUUCGUUAAACUUUAUC